CAAGUUGAAUCUGGAACAGAUUGGACUCGACUCAACGAUAAAUAACUUUUUUGAGCAAAUUAUUUUUUAUAUGCCACGAAUUAAAUAAAACAGCAGAGAAAUAAACGGGGGGACUCUCUCAAGAAAACCACAACAGAUUUCAGAUCCUCCUUCCAAGCUCUGCAGAAAGAAAGUGGAAAGCAACGAUGGGGCUGACAUUUACAAAGCUCUUUAGCCGGCUUUUUGCCAAGAAAGAGAUGCGUAUUUUAAUGGUGGGUCUUGAUGCAGCUGGUAAAACCACCAUUUUGUACAAGCUCAAGCUCGGCGAAAUCGUCACCACAAUCCCCACCAUUGGAUUCAAUGUUGAGACUGUGGAAUACAAGAACAUCAGCUUCACUGUUUGGGAUGUUGGUGGUCAGGACAAGAUUCGUCCUUUAUGGAGGCACUAUUUCCAGAAUACUCAGGGUCUCAUUUUCGUGGUGGAUAGCAACGACAGGGACCGUGUUGUUGAGGCAAGAGAUGAGUUGCACAGGAUGUUGAAUGAGGAUGAACUGAGAGAUGCUGUUUUGCUUGUAUUUGCCAACAAGCAAGAUCUUCCCAAUGCAAUGAAUGCUGCCGAAAUAACUGAUAAGCUUGGUCUUCAUUCUCUCCGUCAGCGCCACUGGUAUAUCCAGAGUACGUGUGCAACUUCUGGGGAAGGCCUCUAUGAGGGCCUUGAUUGGCUUUCCAGCAACAUUGCUAGUAAGGCAAGAUCAUGGAAAAACCUGAAAGAAAUUGAACAUUGCCUGCAUGAGAAAGGAUCAGUGUAUUGGUUGUUAGUUAGACUUGUUGAAACUCUGGCAACUCUUGAAGAGGAUAUAGCUUCCUGUUUAUCCAGCAACAAGGUCAAUUUCGUCAAAAUGAAUUCUAAACUUACAAAGGCAGUGUGGCUUGCCUUCCUAAUCCUCUAUUCACUCUAUCACUCCAAACACAGGAAGAAAAGAAAGCAAAUCAAAGAAGAAGAAAAAUGGCUUCUUCCACUCUCCGUUUACGCUCCACCCACUUCCUCUUAUCCUACGCACCCUCCCCUUUUCAAAACCCCUUCUCUCCAAUUCCCUCCCCGUUCCGCCACUCCUCCUAACCUCACCCACCGUUCCACCGCCCUCCGCCCUCUCAAUGCCACUGCCGCGCCCGAAAAAAUCGGAAAACUCGGCACCGAAAUCUCCAACCUAACCCUCGAGGAAGCCCGCACCCUUGUCGACUACCUUCAAGAGAAACUCGGCGUCUCCGCCGCCGCUUUCUCCCCGCAGCCGUUCAGUUGCCGCCCCGGUGGUGCCGAUGCCGGAGAGACUGUUGUCGAAGAGAAGACUGAGUUCGAUGUGGUGAUCGAGGAGGUUCCUAGCAAUGCCAGGAUUGCGGUGAUUAAAUCCGUUAGGGCUCUGACAAAUUUAGCUUUGAAAGAAGCGAAAGAGUUAAUUGAAGGUUUGCCCAAGAAGUUCAAAGAAGGAGUUUCGAAGGAGGAAGCCGAUGAUGCCAAGAAACAACUUGAAGAAGCUGGAGCUAAAAUUCGUCCUUUAUGGAGGCACUAUUUCCAGAAUACUCAGGGUCUCAUUUUCGUGGUGGAUAGCAACGACAGGGACCGUGUUGUUGAGGCAAGAGAUGAGUUGCACAGGAUGUUGAAUGAGGAUGAACUGAGAGAUGCUGUUUUGCUUGUAUUUGCCAACAAGCAAGAUCUUCCCAAUGCAAUGAAUGCUGCCGAAAUAACUGAUAAGCUUGGUCUUCAUUCUCUCCGUCAGCGCCACUGGUAUAUCCAGAGUACGUGUGCAACUUCUGGGGAAGGCCUCUAUGAGGGCCUUGAUUGGCUUUCCAGCAACAUUGCUAGUAAGGCAUGAGAAAGGAUCAGUGUAUUGGUUGUUAGUUAGACUUGUUGAAACUCUGGCAACUCUUGAAGAGGAUAUAGCUUCCUGUUUAUCCAGCAACGUUUGUAAUGACAGAAUAUUUAGCUUUGUUUAAUCUUUUUACUUGGAAUUUUCAUUUUCUUUAAUGUAUUUGUGUUAAAUA